AUGGUGCGAGGUUUGGGAUGCCCCAGUACUUUUCUGACCUUUUCAGCGGCUGAUAUUCACUGGGAUUCUCUCCAGAAGCAUCUGCCCCGUUACGACGAGUGGCGGGGUGCUCCCCGCGACGCCAGGUUUGCCAUUACGACAGCCAACUUGCGCGACAAUCCGCUCAUUGUAGCGUAUCAUUUCUACAAGAGGGUCACGACAUUCAUCGACACCGUUCUGAAGCCCAAGUUUGAUGUUGCUGACUCGUGGUUUCGCUUUGAGUGGCAGGCCGGGGGCAGCACCCACCUCCACGGUCUGUUUUGGUUCAGAAAUGGCACCGUGGUCGACUUCCUCAACGAUCCCGAGAACCGCCGUAUCUUUGAGCAGUUCUGGGGUGUCCACGUGUCCGCCACUGCCCAUGAGGCAGCAUCUGCACAAGGCCGGGAUCCUCUCGCUGUUCCCUCGGCCGACCCUACCUUUCAGGCUCUGUCUGACAUCAACAACCGGGUGCAGCGUCAUCGCUGCACUGAUGCGUAUUGUAUGCGAAAGAAGCACCUGCCAGAUGGCCUUACGGAAGAAUUGUGCCGUUUCUACUUUCCGAGACCACUGCACGACGAGCUCGAGCUUGUAUCAAACUUCAACCCCCGCUACCUAAUUUGUGAUGGCGCAAGGAACGAUCAGUGGCUUCAUAAUUACAACCGGACUAUUCCUCUUGGAUAGCUUGCUAACCACGAUUUCUCUCCGUGCAAGUUGAUACACGCCGUCAUCAACUACAUUGCUAAGUACUGUUCCAGGGCUGAGCAGAAGAUGGAGACCUACAAGAACGUUGCUAAGACUAUGCUCCCCAAGGUCAACAGCUCUAGUCCCGUCACGAGCUUGGUUGCCCAGUGUAUGAAUAAGUUAGCUGCUGAGCGGGACUGGUCGGCGAUGGAGGUUUGUCACCUGUUGCUGAAUCUCCCGCUGCAGGAAGCAACGCGCAGGUUGGUCUCUGUGGACUGCCGGCACCCUGCGGAGCAACCGGUGACCGAGCAGAUCCAGGAGACGACCAUUCGGAGGACCCAAACGAUCUAUGACAAGUACCUUGCUCGUUCGCACAAGUGGGAGCAUGUCUCAUAUUUCGAAUUCCUUACGCGCAUCGACCACAAUAGUAACCCGUGGCGAUAUUUCCCUCGGGCCCAACCGCGAAUUCUCAACUGCUUUCCUCGGUACAGGUCCGAUCCGCAAUCCGAGGAUUACGUGAGUUAUUGUCGCGUCCGGCUCCUCCUGCAUCACCCACAUUGGCUGGUCGAAGAGCUGAAGACCAUCAACGGCAUACAGUUUGCCUCGUUCAGAGCCGCAUUCGGGUAUUGCCAGCGGAUUCCCCUCAAAAGCAUAUACCUCGUUAAUGAGCGGCGAGAUACUCCUCGCGAGGCCAGGUUUGCCAUCGCAACAGCCAAUUGGUCAGUUUUGAAGUUAUUGGUCUGA